AUGUCAACUGCAAAUUCUAAUAAUACAUCAUUAGAACCCAUAGCUUUAAUAGGUAUAGCAUGUGAAUUCGCAGGUGAUAUACACUCUUCGCAUGAUUUAUGGCAUGCGUUGAAAGAAAGUCGUGAUGUUGGUAGUGCAACACCACGUGAUCGAUUUGAUCUUGAAUCAUAUCUUGGUCAUAUGCUUAAUAUGGAUAAUAAUGGACAAUUUCGUCAAAAACUUCUUCGUGCUGGUUAUUUUAUGUCAAAUCAUCAAUGGGAUAUGUUUGAAGCAAGUUUUUUUGAUUUAUCAGAUGCUGAAGCAGGCAGUAUAGAUCCAUGUCAUCGAUUACUUAUGCUUAAAUUUGUUCAUUUACUUGAUGAUGCUGGGUAUAGUGUUGAAAAAGUAAAUGGUACAAGAACAUCAGUACAUAUUGGGCAAUUUUCAACAGACCAUUCACUUGCGACAACUCGUAUGAAACCUGAACAUCGAUCAAGAUUUCAUGGACCUAAUACUUUAUUAUAUAAUGCGUCAGCUCGUUUAUCAUAUCAUUUUAAUUUACAAGGUCCGAAUGUAUCACUAGAUGUUGCUUGUUCAUCAUCAUUUGAAGCUUUACAUAUGGCUGUACAAUGUCUUCGUACAAAUGAAGCUGAUAUGGCUGUAUGUGGUGGUGUUAAUGGAGUAUUUGCACCAGAAAAUUUUUUCCAAAGUUCACUUAUUGGUGCACAAUCACCUGAUGGAAGAAGUCGAUCAUUUAGUGCUGAUGCUAAUGGUUAUGCUAAAGGCGAUGGUCUUGGUCUUUUAUUAUUGAAACGAUUAAGUGAUGCUGAACGUGAUGGAGAUCGUAUAUAUUGUGUUGUUCGUGAUGUACUUAGUGGUCAUGAUGGAAAUGAAGGAAAAACAAAUUUUGUCGUACCAUCAGCUGCUGGACAAGAACGUUUAUUAGCAAAUAUUUAUUCAAGAAAUAAUUUUGAUACAAGAAGAAUAUUAUUUGUUGAAGCACAUGGUACAGGUACACCAGUUGGUGAUCCAAUUGAAGCAAAUGCUUUAGGUCGAUUUUUUAAUCGAUCAAAUCUUGAUCCACCAUUAUUAUUAGGUUCAAUUAAAAGUAAUUUAGGACAUACAGAAGGUGCAGCUGGUGUUGCAUCACUUAUUAAAGUAGCCAUGUGUAUGCAUUAUCGUGGUAUUACGCCAAAUAUGCAAUUUACUUCACUUAAUCCAAAAAUAGAAGCACAAAAAUAUAAUCUGCAUAUUGUUCAAAAUUUUAUACCAUUUCCAUCUCUUCCAAAUAAUGAAAAAAUAGCUAUAGGUGUUAAUUCAUUUGGAAUGGGUGGUACAACGACACAUGCUAUUAUUGAAGAAUAUCAAUCAAAGAAAACAUCAAUUGAAAAUGGUUAUAUCAAUGGAAAUCAUAUUAAAAGUAAACAAUAUUUUACUUUUAUUUUUUCAACAAAAAGUCGUCAAUCUCUUAAUGAUCAAUUAAUUGAAUUCAGUCGUUGGUUAGAAACAAAGCCAGUUGAUGAUAUAGACGAUGAUGAUACAGCUUUUCUUCAACGUAUAUCUCAACAACUUCUUCUUAAAAGAACUAUUAGUUAUACAUAUUCAGCAAUCUUUGUUUUCCUCAAUCGUCAACAACUACACGAACAAAUCAAUGCUUUUCUUACUGAACAAGCAUCAUCAGGCCUUUCAAUCAUAUCACGUCCAACGAAACCAUUAGCACAAAAAAUAUGUUUUGUUUUUAGUGGUCAAGGUCCACAAUGGUGGGCUAUGGGUAGACAAUUAUAUGAAAGUGAACCUUUAUUUCAUAAAUGGAUUAAUUUAAUUGAUGCAGAAAUGACAAAAGUUAAUAAUGGUGAAUGGAAAUUAUUAGAAGAAUUAAUUGAAAAGAAAACUGAACAAGACUCUCGUAUUAAUGAUACAAAUAUUGCUCAACCAUCAUUAUUUGCUAUACAAGUUGCAUUAGCAGCUUUACUUGUUUCAUGGAAUAUUUAUCCAUCAUCAAUUAUAUCACAUAGUGCUGGUGAUCAAGCAGCAGCUUUUGUUGCUGGUCGUCUUACAUUAGAAGAAGCUGUUCGUGUUGUUUAUCAUCGAUCACGUCUUCAAAAUCGUAACACACGACAAGAUGGUCGUAUGUUAGCUGUUUCAAUGAGCGAAGAAGAAGCACAAAACAAACUUCUGAAAGGUAUUGAACAUCUUGCUUGUAUUGCUGUUGUUAAUAGUCCACGUGCAGUAACAAUAAGUGGUGAUGAAAAAACUAUUGAUGAAAUACAACAAAUUCUUUCAAUAUCGUAUCCUAAUAUAUUCAAAGCACGUCUUCGUAUUGAAAAUGCAUUUCAUUCAUAUCAAAUGAACCGGUUUGAUAUCGAAAAAGAGAUGUUAUCGUCACUUAAAGAUAUACAAGGAUUUCCUCUGCAAGAUUUCCAACAAAUGUUCAAUCCAAAAUGUGCUGAAGCUCAUCUUUAUUCGAGUGUAACUGGUAAUAAAUUAAGUGAUCAGAUACCAGUCGAUGCUCAUUAUUGGUGGUCAAAUGUAAGACAAUGUGUACGAUUUCGUGAUGCUAUGGCAUCAAUUCAACAACAUGAAGCUCCAACUGUUUUUCUUGAACUUUCACCACAUCCAGUUUUAGCUACAUCUAUUCGUGAAUGUUAUGAAUUAACAAAUCAACAACAAUCACCACUCAUUCUUCCAACAUUGAAACGAAAAGAAAAUGAACAAAUAACAUUACUUACUAGUUUAGUACAACUUACAACAUCAUCUCAUAUAUGGCAACAAUAUUUUCAUACUCGACAAAUUUUACCUAUGAAAAAUCAUGAAGAAUAUUUUGAUGAUUUUCCAUUAUAUACAUUUCAUCUUAAUCCAUGUUGGUAUGAAUCAAAAGAUUCAGCUAUAUUACGUCUAGCUAAUCGUAUACCAACUCAUCCAUUACUUGGUAUUCGUCAAUUAAAUGAUCAAUCAAAUCCAACAUGGAAAAGUCUUAUUAAUAUUAAUUUACCACAACAUGCUUUUUUAAAAGAUCAUAAAAUUCAAGAUGCAAUUCUUUUUCCAGCAGUUGCUUAUCUUGAACUUGCAAUAGCUGCUUGUCAUCAAUUACUUUCAUACAAAGAUGAUGAACAACAACAACAACAACAACAACCGACAAUUAUUUUUGAAGAUAUAGAAUUUGUUAAAGCACUGAUUCUUAAUGAACAUGAAUUAAUCGAAGUAUUUACACAAGUAAUUAUGCCAAUGCGUGAAUGGUAUAUUUAUAGUCGACCAUGGUCAGCAGCUGGUCCAGAUUGUAUGCGUCCAUCAGGUAUGAAUUGUGCUGAUGUUGUUGAAUUUUUUCAUGAUCAAAAUAUUCUUAAUAAAUAUUCAUUAAAUGAAUUUACUUUACAUGCUCAUGGUAAAAUUGAAAUUAAUUAUAAACAACAAAAAUCAUUAACAAUACCAUCUCUUAAUACAAUAAAGGAUACAUGGUCAACACAAGAUAUAACAAGUGCUUAUGCACAUCUUUCAACACGAGGUUAUCAAUAUGGAUCUAGUUUUCAAAAAAUGAAAACAUUACGUGGUACAAAAAAUACAGCUAUAUCUGAAUUAUCAAAUGAAUUUGAUGAUAAUAAUAAUAAUAAUAAUAAUGAUGAUUAUUAUUUACUCCAUCCAUCUGUAAUGGAUGCUACUUUUCAUCCAUAUCUAGUUAUAUUACCAGGUAUUGAAACAACAUUUCUUCCAGUACGUAUUCAAAAAUUUAUUUAUUCAAGUAAAAUAAAAACAAAAAUGAAUCAAUCAACAAAUGUUGAAGUACAUGGAAUCUAUCAUGAUAAUAUAUGUGGUAUAGGUCAAGAAGGAAUAUAUACUCUUGAUAUAUGGACAUUUCCAAUGGAUAAAAAAAUAGAUGAACCAGUAUUUACAAUGGAAAAUCUUUUUAUUCAACAAGUUCAAGGUGUACAAUCUGGUCGAUGGUCAAUGGAAAAAACAAUUUAUGAUAAAUUAAAUAUAACAACUGAUUUACCUAAUAAAGAUCAUAGAACAUAUUUAGAUACAAUUCUAAAAGAUUAUUGUAUGAAAAGAGUAUGGACUGAUUCAGCAAUAAUAAAAGAUAUAUCACAUUUACUUCCAUCACCUAAUCAAAUUCUUAAUAAUGAACUUAAUUCUAAUAGUAAUCAAGAUUUAAUUGAAUCAAUCGAACCAUUUAAUGAAUUAGCUGCUUAUUAUGCACAAAUGGCAAUAAAAGAUCUUGAUUUAAAUCAUGUUAAUCAACAACAACCACAUCAUCCAUUAUUAAAUGCAUGUCAAUCUCUUGCAUCAACUUUAUAUUCGAAACAAAUAACAUGGCAUUCAACACAACUUCGUCUUAUUCAAUUAAUUGAACGUUUUCCUCGUUUAAAACCAUUUUUAAUAAUAUUAAAUAGAUAUGGUUUACAUUUAAAAGAUAUUCUUAGUGGAAAAAAAACUGGAUUAGAUAUAUUUCUUGAUGAUGAUGAAUUUGGUCAAAUUUUUCAAGAAAUUAAAACUCUUAUAAGUGCAACUAAAACACAACAAAUUUUUCAUUCGAUUUGUCAACAUUUACAAUUACAAUAUGAACAAAUUAAAAAUAAUUCAUCAUAUAAUUAUCGAUUACGUAUAUUUUGGUUAACUGAUAGUGAUUGUUCAGAUAUUUUACCUAUUCUUGAUCUUUUACUUAAUUUAUCACAACAAACAGGUUUAUUAAUUGAUUUACAUUAUGCAGAUUCUGAUCCAAUACAACUUGCAAAUGCUAAACAAACAUUUGAUACCUAUAUAAUUAAUCAAACAAAUCUAUCUAUUAUUUAUGAUGAAACAAUUGAUUUAUAUGAUAAUAAAACAUUUGAAAAAAUACCAAUAGAAUCAUUUGGUAUUAUAUUUUCUGUAAAUCAACUUCGAGGAAAUAAAAAUUUAACAAAUUCUUUAAUUGCUCUUCGUCGUUUACUUGUUCCAAAUGGUCUUCUUUUAUUACUUGAGUUAAUUCAUGUUCCUCUUUAUUUUGAUUUUAUUUUUGGUUUUAUUGAUGAAUGGUGGUCAUCAACGAAUAAUAUUUGUGAAUUAAAUAAUAUUCAGCUAUGGACUACAUUUUUAAAACAAAUCGAAGGAUUUAAUAUUGUUGAAUCAACAUUAAAUCAAAAUGAAAGUACACUAAUUAUCAGUCAAAAAACAACAUCGAAUGAAAUAUUACAAACACUUGAUGAAAGAAAAAAUCAAGCAUGGUUAGUAUUUAUUAAAGAUGAUAAUAAUAAUAAUAGUUUUGGUCAUAAUCUAUCAUUAUUAUUACCAUGUUCAAAUAUUAAAAUAUUUGAUAUUCGUAAUUCAACUUUGGAUAUUAUUUGUACUGCAAUACCAGUUUUCUUAAAUACUUAUAAACAAGUAUCUAUUAUUUUUGCAUGGCAACUUGAUCAAGUAAAACUUAAUGAAAAUAAUGAUGAUUUAGCAUUUAAACAAAAUGAAGAACUUAUAUGUGGAACAUUUUCACGUAUUCUUCAAACAAUUCAAAAAACAUCGCCACAUUUUCAUCCAUUUGUAUAUGUUCUUACGGAUCAUGCUCAAUUUAAUAAUGAUUCGAAUCUUAAUAUAAUUGCAUCACCAUUUAUUGGUCUUGCACGAACUUCAAUAACUGAAUAUGAACCAUAUCGAUUAAAACUUAUUGAUCUUCAAACAUCAUCAUCAAACAAUAAUCAAUUAAUAUUUGCUCAAACUUUAGUAGAAUAUAUGAUCAAUUCAAGAUAUUCAACUGAUACGUGUGAAAUUGUUCUUCAUCUUAAUAAUGAUACAAAUCAAAAUCAAGUUCAAUAUUUAACAUGGCAUUAUGAAAUGUUACAAAAAUCUGUUGAUGAUGGUAAUAAUAAUGAACAAGAGAAAUCUAAAUUAGAACAAAUUUCUAUUAUUCCUAAACGAGAUGCUGAUCAAAAACCAUUUCGUAUUUGUGUACCACAAUCUCGUUUUCUUUCUGAAUUAACAUGGAUUGAAGAAGAUAGAGAACAGGAAUUGUUACCAGGUAUGGUAGAAGUUCGUGUUCAUUGUGUUGGUAUUAAUUUUCGUGAUGUACUCAAAACACGUGGUCUUUAUCCACAUACACGUACUUUUGCACAAUCUGAAGAAAAUCAACCAAAAAGUAAUCGAGAUACAGAACCGGGUUCAGAUUUUGUUGGUACUAUUGUACGUGCGUGUCCUACAACUGGAUUUCAAGUUGGUGAUCAUAUUGUAGGUGCUACUGGUAAUGGAACAUAUCAUUCUCAUAUUAUGAUUAAUUCACAACUUAUUGUACAUAUUCCAUCUGAAUGUCCACUUACUGAUGAACAAUUAUGUGGUAUGCCAACACCACUUUUAACAGUUAUUUAUUCUCUUAAAUAUCGUGUUCAUUUACAACCUAAUCAAAUAGUUCUUAUUCAUGCUGCAACAGGUGCUGCAGGUCAAAUGUGUAUUCAAUAUUGUCAAUAUAUUGGCGCUCAUGUUAUUGCUACAGCUGGAACUGAAGAAAAACGUCGUUUUCUUCAUGAAUAUUAUGGUAUUGAACAUGUAUUUAAUAGUCGAGAUACUUCUUUUGUUAAUGAUAUACGUCGAAUUUUUCCACAAGGUGUUGAUGUUAUUGUUAAUUCAUUAUCAGGUAUUUUAUUAAAAGAAUCAAUUAAAUUAUUAGCAUGUCAUGGCAAUUUUAUUGAAUGGGGUAAACGAGAUAUUUAUCAUAAUAGCAAUUUAUCAAUGUUUCAAUUACGAUCGGAUUGUAGUUUUCAUGUAAUUGACUUCGCUGGACUUGCUGAUCAUGUAUCACCUCUUAUUCGUCUUAUGCUAGAAGAAGCAAUUGAUUUAUUUGUUCAACGUAAAUUGCGUGCUGUUGAACCAACAGUUACUUAUGAACCAUCUCAAGUAAUAGAAGCAUUAUUAAGAUGCAAUAGUGGUCAAGUUAUGGGUAAAACAGUUUUUCGUAUAACUUCAUCCGAUCAACCAUUAAAUAUUCAUAAAAAACAAUCGAAUAGUUUAUUAAAAGUUGUGAGUGAUAAUACAAUGUUUCCAUUAGAAGUUCGUAAUGAAGGAACAAUUUUAAUAUCUGGUGGCUUUGGUGGUCUUGGUUUAACAAUGUCUCGAUGGAUGAUUGAACAACGAGGUGUUAAACAUAUAGCACUUAUGAGUCGUCGAACAUUAGUUCAACUUGAACAACCUUCAAAUCCACAAUAUGAUGAUUGGUUAAGAUUAAAACAAACAACAAAAGAAUAUAAUGCUCAUGUUGAUGUUGUUCAAGCAGAUGUCACAAAUUUUCAACAAGUUCAUGAUUUAAUUGAAAGAUUUAAUAAAACUUCUUAUCCUAUUCGUGGUAUUAUUCAUAGUGCUGUUGUUUCAGAAGAUCGUACUUUAAAUGCUUUAACACAAGAACAUUUAUCACUUGUUUUACCACCAAAAGUUCGUGGUGCAUGGUAUCUUCAUCAAGCUACACAACUUCUUCAUGCACCUCUUCAUUUCUUUAUUAUGUUUUCAUCAAUUCGAAACCAUUUACUUGAAGUUGCAUCUGCUGGUUAUAAUGCUGGUAAUCAAUUUCUUGAUGCACUUGCUCAUUAUCGUUUUGCAAAACUUAAUUUACCAGCACUUUCAAUUAGUCUACCAGCUGUAAGUGGUGCUGGAAUGUUUCAUCGUCAUAAAGAAAUGCUCAGUACUUUAAAAGUUACACAAGGUUUUGAAUUAAUGCCAACAGUAACUGUAUUCGAAUUAAUUGAAUGUUUUCAUCAAACUCAAAAGAUUUGUCCAUGUCCUGUUAUUUUUGCUGUUAAUUGGCAAAUAUUACAUCGAAAGUAUUCAACAUUAGCUACAUCUUAUCUAAGAAAAAUAGUUGAACAACGUUAUAAAAAAAUGAAAUUAGAUCAGACAUCAUCAACAUCAUCUUCAUCAUCAGGAAAAAAUAAUUCAAGUGAAUUACAUAUAAAUAAAAAAGAAACGAUUAUUGAACGAACUCAAAGAACUGUUGCACAAUUAUUAGGUGCAGCUAGUGUUGAUCGUAUUCUUAUUGAUCGUUCACUUGUUAGUCAAGGUAUGGAUUCAUUAGCUGCUAUUUCAUUAUAUAAUUGGUUAGGUCAAGAAACUGGUAUUUAUAUACCAUUAAUUGAUCUUCUUCAAGGACUUUCAAUUGAAACAAUUGCAACACUUGUUUAUAAUAAACUUAAUGAAAAAGAACAAACAACAUCAUUAACUACAAAAGGACAUGAUUCAGAUUUUGAUUUAAUUAAUGAAAAUGAAGUUCAAUUAUUAAAUACAUGCACAUAUACUGGUUUAGAAAAUAUUAUUUGUCUACAUCAAUCAAAUCAAAAUAAUACUUCAAUUCUUUUUUGUAUUACUCAAAUAUCAAAUUUUAAGGAAAAUAAUGAUUUAUUUUUAUUUUUUAUUGAUAAAUUAUCUAAUCAAAAAAACAAAACAUCAUCAAAUGAUAUCUAUGUUUUACAAACACCACUAAUAACAUCAUCUCUUUUUUCAUCUUCCAUAUCUACAUAUGCUCAAAAUCUUAUUACACAAAUGCGUCGUAUUCAACCAUGUGGAUCUUAUCAAAUAGUAGCUAUUCGAAACAAACCAGAAGAAACUAUUGCUUAUGAAAUGUUAAAACAACUCAAAACACAUUCACUCGUUUCUAAUACUCAAUUACAUCUUUUAGAUGAUCAGAAUUAA